AUGUCGUCGCAUGCCAUUGCGACGUCGUCAAGAGGUCUGCCAGAUCUCCCAUCAUGGACCGCUACAUCGGAUCUCCAUGAGAACGACAGCGAUCCCGACCGUCAAGAUGAACAAGAACCACAGCACAGCAGCCCUCCCAUAACGAGCCACCCUGCUUGGGACGACCUAGAUGCUCAAACACGGAACCACGCUGUAGGCAAUCUGCUCGCGGCUCUGACCCCCGUCGGUCAAGCACAAUCCCAAAGCCAGACCGCAACUGCGCCCGCCAGCACGGACAUGGCUCCUUUGCCCGACCAGGGUCUUGAUGCCUCUCCUGAAGCGACGGCCACGGUCACGGCGACGGAACCAAGCAACGUCAAACUAGAGACAGACCCUGCUAGCCUGCUCCCUCCUCUUCCGCUACAGAAUCCCGACGACUUUCUCACUGCCAGCGGCCUUCCUCCCCUGGCUCCUACUCUCUCGAUGGAUGCGUUCACACAACCCUUACCGCUCCCAAUGGGACCGGAUGGUCUAUUGACAACCUACGCGAACGACCCUCUACCACCCACUACCUCUCAAAUCCCCCUCCCGGAACGAAGGGAAAUCGAAGCCUUUGCAAAGAUUGAGUUUGAAGAUGGGAACUACUACAUCACCACCUAUGCUUGUGAACUAGGCAGGGAUGCUUUUGCCUACAGGGCUGCCCUUGCAAAAGCCGAAGAAGCGCGUCAGGCCGAGCAAGACCGUGCCCAGAGCUCGAGCGGCAGACGGUCAGGUCUCUCCGAAGGGAUACCCCGACCUGGUGACAGUCAAGUCCAAGGGAGUGUCGUCAGCGAAGCCGGUGGUUUUGGUGGUGUCGACGAUGGUCUGGGUAUGGACAAUGAAAAAGGAGAGGACGGUCAGCCCUUACACUCGCACUCGUCCGAAAGGUCUGCUGGUAGUGUCGUCAAACCUCAGGAAGUUCUCUACAAUCCUCCUCUUGCUCCUUUCGACUACCACAAGAUGGCAGAACGUCAAGCACAACUGGAGCAGGGCAUCGAGCCAGAGCUAGACAAUGAACAACCGGCGCCAGUCACGGCUGACCAUAUCCCAGACGCUCACAACUGUCCGCUCAUUCCCAUUCAUGCAAUGCGAAAUCACCAAAAGUCUGAGCUGGAAAACCACAAGAGUAUUUCACGGCGACACGUCAAGAUUCAAUGGGAUUUCGACAAGGAGCGCUUUCAGAUGAAAGUCAUGGGUCGAAAUGGCGCUUUCUUGGACGAUGUGUAUCUUCCGCGCGGUCAGAUACGGCCUCUCCGUGACGGUUCAAAAAUACAGAUAUCGAAUGUUUGGAUGACCUUCAAACUGCCGAAGCAAGAGUCUGAGUCGCCGAGCGAUGCGUCAGGCCACGAAGAGGCUGAUCGGACCCCUUCUCGACCACGGAGCAUUUCCCCAAUUUCGAUUGAACAAGACAGGAGCGUGUCGCCCGCAAAGGCCGGCAGGGGUAAGACAAAGAUUAUCCUGAAUACCAUAGAGAAGCCACCAGCAGUGAUUGCGGAACCUAUUCUCGGACCUGAUGGCCAGCCACUGCCUCCGAAAAGGCGAGGACCUGGGAGACCGCCGAAGGAUGGAAUCAUGUCGACUCGAGAAAGAAAAGAACGAGAAAAGGCAGCUAAGCUUGCAGAAGCAAAGGCCGCAAAUGGAGGGAAGACUCCGCCACCCAUGAUGCGAGGCCCGAAGCCUCCCAGACCAAUCGCACAAGAGGAAGAAAUUACAAUCGAAUCCAAGCCGGAGAAGAGGAAAUACAAGAAACGAAAGCGGAUUGGAGAAGACGGUGAUAUCAUUCAGUCAAUCGAAGGUGGUGAGGCCGAUCUGCCUAGCGAACCCGAGAAACCGCCACCAGUCAAGAAAGCCAGGUCGAAAUCCCCGAGUCCAGAUUAUCCCCCUGCAGAAAGCUUGACAGAAGAACAGCUUGCCAGGCCAUCUGAACCCUAUGCUCGACUGAUCUACGACAUCCUGCUUGAUAUCCACCCCAAAGCUCUUCCUCUGAAGCAGAUCUACCGUGCCUUGAAGUUGAAAUUCCCAUUCUUUGUGCAUAGAGUGGACUCCGAAGGGUGGCAGAGCAGCGUCCGCCACAACCUGAAUCAAGAAUGGAACAAGCUCUUCGAAAAGGGCGAGAAGGAAGGCAAAGGCUUUGCGUGGAAAGCAAUCCCAGGAGCUCUACAACCUCAAGCGGAGAGAAGGCGGGCGGCCCAGCAAGCAGCCGCUUCCAAACCAAAACCUGCUCCAGCACCACGUCAAAAUGUACCGCAAGGUCCUCCUCAAAUGCUGAAUUGGCAGAAUAGCACACCAUAUCCUCAACAGAACGGGAUGCCUCCUCAAGGACAUGCUCCGCCUUUCUACGGACAAGGUCCACACGGAUCCAUGCCACCGCCUUCAAACGGGAUGCCGUGGCCACCUCCACCAGGAGGAGUGCCACCGUCGGCCACGACAUAUCCUGCUGGUCAGAACCGCACUUUCUAUCCGCCGUCGCAACCAGGACAGCCACCCUUCCCAUCACAACCUGGAGCUUUGCAAUCGGGUCCUGCGCCACCCAUGCAUCCCACAGGCCAGGGGCCGAAUCCUCCCCAAAGUGCAAUCGCAACACCAACUCCUACAGCAGUCCCAUCCGUCCUCACUAGCUCUUCAGCAUCCCGAAACAUGCCUUGCACCCUCGAUGGUCUUAUAACCAUCAAGAAGUUCGAGAGUGCCAUGCUCGAACAAGUGUCUCCCGCAAGAGUCGAGCACUGGCAGAAGAUAUUUGCGUCGGCUACGCGAAGAUUAUUGCAUGGCCACCCAGAGUCGUUGAUGCCCGGCGGCCAUACCAUCGAAGAAGAGACGAUCAUGGGACACAUUCAAAAUUUCAUCCAGCGUUUCAAGAAUCCCAAUUUCGCAGGAUUCUCCCGCACUGGCUCGCCCGCGCCAGCUAGCUCGGUCAAUGCAGGCACUCGAAACGGCACGCCACACGUUGCUUCACCUGUGACCACUACGUCAGGUCCUUCUCAUACUGCUUCCUCAGAAGGUGUAAAGACCGCAGCGCAAGUCCAAUCAGUACAAGGUGAACCCUCGGUGCCUCCAACGGACAAGGAGGGAGAGACUAUUGAGCCUUCGACGUUGACUCCUUCGGCCGACCCUCAACCUGUUACUCAGGGAGCGACAUCACAAGCCUGA